AUGAACAUUUAUACUAUAGUAGAUUUAAUUAAACUCACCGAAUAACGAGGUGUCGAAUUACUUAUAGAUGCUGUGAUAUUUGGGAUAGAAAUAGGGAGAAAGAACAUUGAGGAUUAAAAGUAAAUUCUAUCAAUAGUUGAAUUACUCGCGUAAUUGAAACGAAAAAUAGAUUUAAACAUCUACUCUCCUUUUCUAAGGGACUAGAUAUUUGAUAGAGUGCUCAAUAAGAAUGAGAAAGUAUCAUAAACUAUCUAUUCUUAAAGUUAGAAGAUAUUCUAUGUGGUUAUCAACUAGAGUUCUAAAGGUAGUCGAAGAUUAAACAACUAAAUAAUAUUUGUGAAAUUUGCAAACAACCUAUUAAUAAUAUAAUGGAGAAAUUCAAUGCUCAAUGCAAUCAUCAAUUUCAUUAGUAGUGUGUGAUUCCUCUGUUAAUUCAAGUUAUGGAGAAUCAAAAUAGCUUUAAAUGUCCUUUGUGUGGUUUUACAACCUUGUAACAGGAUUUGGAAAGCCAAAUAAAAGAUAAUAAAACAUUAAAACUAUCUUGUUGUCCUACUCCAUAAUGCAGCAAACAAUUUUCAUAUUUAGGAUAAGAAAUUUAUAGAUGUGCUGAUUGUGGCAAGAGAUACUGCUUAAAAUGUCAAUCACAGAGCCAUGCAAUUAAUCAGCAGAAUCAUCCAGGUAAGGCUGUUAAAUUUGAAAUGGGUGACAAUUAUAAGGAAUGUCCAAAAUGCAAAUAAUGGGUCAAAUAAUUGAAUGCAUAAAAAAUAUUGAAUUGUCAAUAAUGUAAGUACAAAUUUUGUUUUGGUUGUGGUGAAAAAGAUGGAGGUGGAGAUUGUUCUUGCAAUAAAACGAAUAAACCUAUUUACCUUGGAUUUCAAUGGGUGAAAAAAAAAAUUAUGGGGUGAUAUGUAAU